UUAAUUUCUCUAUUCGAUCGUAAUUGCGAUCGAGGAUGUUUAUUGGAAAAAAAAGAAACGAUGUACAAGGAAUUUAAACAUUUUAUUUCCAUUAUAUGCGUCUUAGAAAUAUGCAUUUAAUGUAUUAUUUUAUUUUAUGAUCGAUGAUGAAAUACAGAACAUUGAGGUUAAUGUGGUAGUACAAUUUAUAAUCGAAUGCACUUUUAAAUCAUCAAAUUUCAGAGAACAGUUUGCGGCACAAAGAAAUACGUUUCAAGCAUUUUUUCCCACGGCGAACAGAAGUUGACGUUAAAUCUUAUUAUAUUUAUAUUUUCAGUUUUUGGUCCGUAAAAGAAUGUAAAAUAUUGUUUAAGGGUACAUGUCUAUUAAAACGAUUUCGUUUAAACGAUUUAAUGGAUUUCAAUGAAAUUUAAUAUUCGCGUUUCGUAUUCUUAUCUCAAGAUCUAAUUUAACUUUGAGCAAAAUCCGUGUCUAUGGAUAAAAAUUGUGAAAAAGUUAAAUCUAUUUCUUCUAAUAACGAGAUGAAAUCCGAUUCGUUGCACAGUUAAUAACAUUAAUAACGAUAUCGUAAGUAUUGUCAGUAUGUUGCGUAAGCGUAGCAAUGUAUUUGUCUUUGUUAAAUUUUUAAAAAAGAAAUCUGAUAUCUUUGUUUCUGGUUUUCCAAUUGGUUUGCUGACGCAAUAUAACAGGUUGGCGAGAGUAUUUCGAUAUUAGUUGAAAGUGUGAAAAUAGGUGUACAAGAUUCUUUCAAACGAGAAAUUUUUUAACCUAACUUGAGUGGCACUAUGCAACAAAGAGAAAUAAAUUUUCAUCACGUAGUAUCUGUUUCCGAUAUCGAAUACAUUAACUUUCAAAUUUGUUACACGACAAUGUCGGCACUCCCACUCGUUGAAAAAUUCCCCUUCCAACAAAAUUCUCUUUAUAGUUUGCGUGGAGAGAAUAUUUUUGUUCGAUGAAAGGUGUGUACUGUGUACGGUCAUACGGUGUAUGGCUAUGGCCCCAUACGAGGGACGGGACGACGGUUCUGAUCGUAGCUUAUGGUUGGGAAGUAUGAUUCUUUUAUUAAUUACUGUGUUUCUCGUUCAAACUGAUGUCAGAGUUGAUGCCGAGGAUGCCUAUUAUUUUCCCUGGCAUUAUAAAUGCGAGGGUGGGCUUUGUAAAAAGGAACUAAUCACGGAGGACGUGAAUUCACCGUUUUCGUUGGAAGUAUGCGAAUUAUUUUGCGGCGCAUCCAGUUCGUUAUGGCCGAAACCAACGGGACACCUUUCUUUAAGCAAAGCCAUGGUCCAGCUCGAUCCUGAGAAAAUUUCAAUAGCUGAGACAGAUAAUGGGAAAGAAAUUGGAUAUCUGGUUGCAAGGAAUAUGUUUUUAUUGAGAAAGAGCGCGAAGGAAUGUGGCGGGAAAUUGGCGGAAAGUGGUGGCGCGGGCAUGUUUGUUCGAUUUAAAGGAAUCGUUGAAAGCAGCAAUAUUAAGCUUUCUUUGGACACGGAUGAAAGUUAUACGUUGACUGUUACGCGAGUAGAUGAAACGAUGUUAAAUGUAACGAUAACGGCGAAAUGUUAUUUUGGAGCAAGACACGGCCUGGAAACGUUGCGGCAGCUGAUAGUUUUCGAUGAUUUACGAAAUCAGAUUCAGAUGCCAAGCGAAGUAUCGAUCGCGGAUGGGCCUGUUUAUCCUUACCGCGGACUAUUACUGGAUACAAGUCGUAAUUUCAUCGACAAGUCGAUGAUAAUGGAAACGAUCGAUGGAAUGGCCAUGUCGAAGCUGAAUACUUUACAUUGGCAUAUUAUCGACUCGCACAGUUUUCCGUACGUGAGUAAAAGAUGGCCAAAAUUUUCGGAAUUUGGCUCUUAUACGCUUAAGAAGCGCUACACCGAGAUGGAUGUUAAGGAAAUCGUUGAAUACGGGUUAGUUAACGGCGUUCGGGUAUUGCCGGAAUUCGACGCACCUGGCCAUGUGGGCGAAGGAUGGCAAUGGGUGGAAGACGACGAUGCUGUCGUUUGUUUUAAAGCAGAACCCUGGAGAAAUUAUUGCGUCCAGCCACCUUGCGGUCAACUUAAUCCGACCAGCGAAAAAGUAUACCAACUUCUGGAAGGUAUAUACAAAGACAUGAUGGAAGAUUUUCAACCGGACAUUUUUCAUAUGGGCGGGGAUGAAGUGAAUAUAAAUUGCUGGAAUUCAUCGAGCAGCAUUAAAAAUUGGAUGCAGGCUGCGAAAGGGUGGAAACUAUCAGAGUCGAGUUUCUAUAAGCUCUGGAAUCAUUUCCAAGAAAGGGCGUUGGAAAAAUUGAUUCUAGCUAAUGGAGGGAAACCCAUACCUGUAAUUUUGUGGACCAGCGGUCUGACCAACGCGGAAAAUAUUCAUUAUCUGGACCCGAAUAAAUACAUCGUACAAAUUUGGGUAACCAGAAAAGACACUACUAUCGAUACAUUGUUGCAGAAUAAUUUUAAAGUGAUCUUUUCGAAUUACGACGCUCUUUAUUUAGAUUGCGGAUUUUCGGCAUGGAUAGGCGAAGGUAGCAACUGGUGUGCUCCUUAUAAAGGUUGGCAAAACAUUUACGACAAUUCUCCUUUGAAAAUAAUCAAGUCGCAUCAACUGGAGAGCAAAAGGCACCUCGUAUUGGGCGGUGAAACAGCUCUUUGGACGGAGCAAGCCGAUGGUGCGACGAUCGGUUCGAAAAUCUGGCCGAGAGCUGCAGCUUUUGCCGAAAGAUUAUGGGCGGAGCCAAAUUCGAGUUGGAUUCACGCGGAGCAAAGAAUGCUCCGGCACAGAGAACGAUAUGUAAGAAGAGGAAUCGCAGCGGAAAGUUUGCAACCCGAGUGGUGUUUGCAAAAUCAAGGCCUCUGUUACGCGUAAUUUGCAUUUAAAAUAUUAUUCAACGUUUAAAAAUGAUUAAAAUUUCUUUUUUUUUUAUUUUUACUUUUUUCGAACAAAUAAAUAACUUUCCUUUUC